AUGCACUGCCGUGCUCUCAAAACUCAGAAGCAAGUAACAUUUCAGAAAGGAACCAAACUCAGAAAAGUUGCAACUAACGAUCGAUCUGCACCUAUAAUUGGAGGGAAGCCUAGUUCGUCUUCACCGGGAGUAAAGCCUAGUUCUACUUCAUCGAGCUCAUCUUUGAUAACUAAUCAACUUGAGAGAGAGCCCAAACCGGGUUCUGGUGGUCGUACGUACGGUGGCGGCAGUGGAAGUCCAAUGGGUGGUCUUUUUGCAAAUGGGCUCCCUUCGAAACCCAGUGAAAACAAAAUCCGGCGAGCGAAUACAUCAGUCACACCCGCAACAACAUCUCCACCACAGCCUCCUCCCUUGCCAGGAAGGCCCUUCCUAGCUGGCGUUGCCGGAUCUGCACCCCCACCUCUAGCUGCGAAGCCAUCAGAUCUGCUCAUUUCCAGUAAACCCUCUCCACCACCUCCACCUAUUCAAACCGUUAAACCAGUUAUCAGCGCUUCAUCUGGUGGUCGCGACCAGUUCAAGACGAUGCGGCCAAUGAAGCCAGAAACGAGUUGGAACAACUCUGGAUUGCGAAGGAGUGGCAGUUCUGAGGAUAUCUCUUCUCGCGAGAGCACCCCGGUUCGAGCACCUCUGGCUCGUCCAACUGUUGCACCUCCAGGCAGGCCAUCAGCUCCUCCACCUCCUCCACCUAUUGUGCGAACUAAUGGUAGCCACCCGGACCCACCUCCACCUCCUUCUGUUCCACCAAUUGCCACAACCAUGCCUAACAGGUUUGGCAGCGCUCCUGUUAUGGGUGUCCGAUCAGAGGAGAAUGCUCCACCUCCUCCUCCUAGAAGUGCUUCGAAGGCGGGCGGUACUCCUCCUAUAGUGGCGACCAAAUUCUCAAACAGGGACGCUCAUCCUCUUGACCGGUAG